CAUUGGCAACCCUUAAAUCUACCGUUUGUUAUCAGCACACCUUAUCGCUUGCUUAUUCGUCAGCCGGCUGACUUAAUUAGGUGGAAAAUUGCAAUAUUCCUUUAAUUUAUUUUCAAAAUUUAUUUAAUUUAUUAAGAUGUCUGAAUUGAAACGUGAUGAAAUUUUACUUUUAUUUGAUGUUGAUGGCACAUUGACACCACCCCGUAAUACUGUGCUUCCAGAUUUUGAAGAAUUUUUUUACAAGCACAUAAAACCGAGAGCAACAAUUGGCAUUGUGGGUGGCUCGGAUUUAGAGAAAAUGUUUGAGCAAUUGAACGGGCGUAAGAUUCUCGAUGAGUUCGACUUUAUAUUUCCCGAAAAUGGACUUGUCCAAAUUGAAAACGGACAAGAAGUUGGCAAACAAAAUAUAAUAAAGCAUCUUGGUGAAGAGACACUUCAACGUUUCAUUAAUUUUGUACUAAAAUAUUUAUCGGAAUUAGCAGUGCCAAUUAAACGUGGCACUUUUAUUGAAUUCCGAAACGGCAUGUUAAAUGUAUGUCCCAUAGGACGGCAAUGCACACGUGAAGAGCGCAAUAUGUUUGCUGCAUAUGAUCAGCAACAUCAGAUACGUGCCAAAAUGAUUGAUGAUCUUAAACGCGAGUUCCAUGAUGUCGAUUUGACAUACAGUAUUGGCGGACAAAUCAGUUUCGAUGUUUUCCCCAAUGGUUGGGAUAAAACUUAUUCGUUAAGAUAUAUUGAAGCGCAUUAUAAGUUUAAAGAGAUUCACUUCUUCGGUGAUAAAACCGAGAAAGGUGGAAAUGAUUUUGAAAUUUAUUCAGACCCAAGAACUAUAGGACAUAAAGUGGAAAGUCCGCAUGAUACACGUCGCAUAUUGACAGAAAUUUUCGAAUUGUAAAUUAUAUGCAUUACCAAAGUAUUUGAUCGCAUUUUAAAAGUAAUUUACAUUCCUAUUUGCAAAUUAAUUCACUAUUUGUAAUUAUGUGUCGGUUUUGUAAUAUACAAUAAAUAUAAAGUGUACAGUAAUUUUUAUUAAAUUGU